GUCCUUUCAACACCAAGGUUCUUAGCUGCCCAAAUAUCGCAGAUUACCGCAAGAAGCUGGAAACAUUUUUUUCCUAACUCUUCCGAAGCUAUAACUCACCUCACUCUUGGAUAAUAGCUUGUAUUUUCCUUCUCUUCUAGCAUCUACCAAAAGCCAGUUUGCUUCCAUCUUGUCCCGUCCUCAUGGCGGGCUCUAGGUACUCGGGCAAGGACUCUCCCGGGUCCAAGUCCAACUAUGACGUUGACUAUGUAAUACACUACGUGAUCCCGCCCGAAGAAGCCGCAGAAGCAGAAGCCUCUUUCAGCCAGCUGAUCACGGCACUCUCCUCGGCGGGCUUCGCGACCGAAGUCCGUCGGGCCCGCAAGCCCUCCUCCCUACUGGUCUUUGUCCGCCUGGCCUCAGACCGGCUGCUCAGGAGCCAGGUGUACCGCUCGCGCGUGCAGGACUGGCUGUACGGCGUGCGCGCCGCAGCCCCGGCCCCCGUCCCUACCUCGGACGAAGCGGCUCAGAGGGACAGCGAAGACAAAGAAGAAGAAGAAGAGCCCGUCACCGAAGCUGAGCGGCUGCGCAUCGCCUACCUGCUCAUCACACAACCUCGCAACGAGGGCGGCGCGGGGAUCGUCACUGCACAGUCCGCCGGCGGGCACGGCCAAUGGCGCUUCGUAAAAAGCAUUUUCCCGCUGCACGACCACGCUUUCAAUCGGGAAUGGCUCACCCAGUGGAGCACCAAGUACUCGCUCGAGGAUGCCGACAUUGAGGCGAUUCGGGGCCGGUUCGGGGAGCGUGUGGCUUUUUACUUUGCGUUUAUGCAGUCGUACUUUUCCUUUUUGCUCUUCCCGGCCGCCUUCGGCCUCGCCGCGUGGAUGAUGCUGGGCAAAUUCUCGUGGUUCUACGCCCUUGUCAAUUGCUUGUGGUCCGUCGUCUUUUUUGAGCACUGGAAGAUGAAGGAGGUUGAUUUGGCGGUCCGCUGGGGGGUUCGGGGCGUCAGCCGCAUCCAGCACCCGCGCCCGCAGUUUCAGUUUGAGAGGGAGAGCGUCGAUCCCGUCACCGGCGAGAUUGUCAAGGUGUACUCGCCCUUCAAGAGGUUGGCCAGGCAGCUGUUGCAAGUGCCGUUUGCGGCGGCCUGCAUGGUUGUACUAGGCGGCUUGAUUGUCGGCUGCUUUGCGAUCGAGAUUUUCAUCACCGAGGUGUAUAACGGGCCGUUCAAGCAGUACCUGACUUUCCUGCCGACCAUACUCUUGACCCUGUUCAUGCCCACGUUCACAACACUGCUCACAAAGCUGGCCGAGAGGCUUACCGAUAUGGAAAACUACGAGACUCAUGACGCGCACCAGGCUUCCUUCGUCCAAAAGAUCUUCGUGCUCAACUUCAUCACGUCGUAUAUGGGCAUCUUCCUGACCGCCUUCGUAUACGUUCCCUUUGGAAAGAUCCUGGUUCCUUAUCUAGACGUGUUCCAGCUCACGGCGCAGAAAUUCACUGCCGAUGCGAAGCCUUUGCCGACUAAGCGUUGGGAGAUCAAUCCUGACAGGCUUACCAAGCAGGUCAUCUACUUUACUGUCACGGCACAGGUUGUCAACUUCGCCACCGAAGUCAUCAUGCCGCAUGCGAAGCGCAAGGUAUUCAAGACGGUCGAAAAGGUACAAUCCGAGCUGUCCGAGAAGACCGCAGAACCGGUGAAGGACUCGCCCGAGGAGGCCGACUUCCUCGAGAGGGUCAGAGACGAGGCUGAGCUGGAGGAAUAUGACGUGACCAUCGAUUACCGAGAGAUGGUGAUCCAGUUUGGCUACUUAUCCCUCUUCUCAGUUGUGUGGCCUCUCACUGCCUGCUCGUUUCUGGUCAACAAUUGGAUCGAGGCCCGGUCGGAUGCCGUGAAGAUUGCCACCAACUGUCAGCGCCCAAUACCCUGGCGCGCCGACUCGAUCGGGCCCUGGCUUGACGCUCUCGGCUUCCUCUCGUGGCUGGGCAGCCUCACUAGCGCAGCGCUCGUUUUUCUCUUUCAUGGGAGCAACGGUGGGCCGGACGGGUCGCCGGCGGAUAUUCGCGGUUGGGCCUUGCUUCUGUCGAUCCUCUUUGCUGAACAUCUCUAUCUGGUUGUGCAGCUUGUCGUCCGGGGUGUCAUCCGCAAGCUGGACAGUCCGGGACUGCAAAAGGAGAAGGCAGAACGGUUUGCAAUGCGGAAGCAGCUUUUGGAAAAGAUGAUGGAACGGGAUAUCAGCGAGGAGACGAGCGGGCCCGGAGUGAGCGGGGCCGAGAAGAUCACAAAGGCGUCGCUCGAAGAGGAGGCGCGGAAACUCUCCGUCGCGGGCGAGGGGAGACCGGAGCAGCUAUUCUGGCUACGACAGAGAGGCGCGUCAGAGACCAUCCAGGUGGGCCGCUCGCUGAUUGCAGAGGCUGCUGGGAACUAUACCAAGGCGAAGUGAAGCGCGAUCGACUUCAACGAUAGCUGAAUACUACUGUGUUUCCAAGUUGAAGCUGGAGAAAGGUGCCAUUGAUAGAUUGAAUAACUAAUACAUGAGGGCUAAACCAAGGUAGUUGCUCUGAAAAGACAUCAUUUCGGUGAUCAAAGGUGACAGACAGGUGGUGUUAACAUUCCAGGAAAACGGGCACAGAGCCUCCAGGGCCCUGCAUGACGCAGGAGGCUUCACAUGAGGGUAAUGUAACCCCCCAAGCACAUGCGGAUCGAUAAAGUUCCUCUGAUGGAGAGAGCGCGUUAUCUAGUAUAGGGCUUUACCCC